AUGUGUCAAGCUGCUGAUGGCAAGUAUGGGCACAUCCACGAGGCUUCAUCGCACAGUUCCUCAGUAACGCUUGGCCUCGGGGACCAGUCUUUUGUGACUCUAGCCACAAACGACUCCUAUGUGAAGGGAGCGCUGGUACUCGGCUCGUCCCUGCAGCGGUACAGAACUACCAGGAAGCUGACAGCACUCGUAACGCCUCAGGUCUCCGAUCUUAUGAGGAGAGUGCUGGAAAAAGUCUUUGACGAAGUCCUGUUGGUGAACGUGCUGGACAGUGGGGACUCGGCACACUUGGCCCUCAUGCAGAGGCCCGAGCUGGGUGUCACGCUAACGAAGCUCCACUGCUGGGCGCUGACGCAGUUCUCCAAGUGUGUGUUCAUGGACGCCGACACGAUGGUUUUGUCAAAUAUCGAUGAGCUUUUUGAGAGGGAAGAGCUGUCUGCAGCCCCAGACCCAGGCUGGCCUGACUGUUUUAACUCUGGAGUCUUUGUUUACCGACCUUCCCUGGAGACGUACACCCAGCUGUUGCAGUUUGCCGCUGAGACAGGCAGCUUCGAUGGUGCAGAUCAGGGGUUAUUAAACACCUUCUUCAGCAGCUGGGCAACAACAGACAUGAGCAAACAUCUACCCUUUAUUUAUAAUUUGAGCAGCACUUCUGUAUAUUCCUACCUUCCAGCAUUUAAAGCGUUUGGUGCAAAUACCAAAGUGGUGCAUUUCCUAGGAAGCACAAAGCCGUGGAACUAUACGUAUGACUCCAGAACGAAAAGCGUGAAGGGCAACGUGGACGACCCUAAAAUAGUUCAUCCUGAAUUCCUCAACAUGUGGUGGGAUACCUACACAGCCAACGUUGUGCCUCUGCUAGAGCAGCACGGCAUUGUUAAAGAAACUACCACGGGUGUAAGCAUGCUCUCGGCCUUGGUCUAUACUCUGGCUUUCUCUUGUGGCUUCUGUAGAGAGGCAGAGGUUACAGAGGCAGUGUCCCACGUAUCAGUAUCGGCACCGUCACCAGUAUUGCCAACUGUGUCCUCAGAAGAACGCAAGGAACGGUGGGAACAGGGACAAGCUGACUAUAUGGGAGUGGAUUCCUUUGACAACAUCAAGAAGAAGCUGGAUACCUACCUGCAGUAGAAACGCCUGUCGGUGGUGAUGCAAGGACUUUUUCAGAACUAACAGCUAGGAAGGUGUAGGUGGUGGUCAGUUACACUUGGUAAUAGCUUGGUGAAACCUUGGCUGAAGGCCUCUGCAGUGCUACACAUGAAGACUAAACAAAAGCUAGGAAGCAGAAUUCCUUUGGGCCACCUGUAACUGCCCAAUUUCCAGUUCUCCCUACUAGAUAAAACCAGGUGUUUUCAGCUUAAGUUUUCUUCUGUUGUGAUCAAUUGGCUCAACAUCCUCCUUGAAGCUGGGUUUGCUACCCCACCGCGUUAAGGCGAUUAGCAUUGUUUCCUUUGCUUGCUGUUUUAGAUGUAAAAUCUAAUUCAUGGGGUUGCUCAUACACUAGUGGUAGCCGGUCUGCUUUCCCAUCCACAUGUUCAGGACGUGGGAUACAGACAGAUGAACGGCAGUAGCACUGCUUUGCUCUUCCAGUCCCAAUUGCACUGAGGUUUUGACCAGGUUCUUACGCACAGUGCCUGCAGCAUGGCAGAAUCAGCUCUCAGCUCUGUGUACUACAGCACUAGUAAACCGAGUUGUAUCUGUUACUUGCAAUGUUGCACUUGAUACAAAAAUAAAAAGUGGUCAUGCA